AUGAAGCUCAGCGCCAUCCUCGUUCCCCUCACCUUCCUCAGAAUAGCUGUCGCCGAAGGCACAGCAAUCGUUGGAGCGCUGAAAGAAGUCCACAACGUGACCACCAAUCUGGGCAAUUCAGUUGCCAACUGGGACGGAAGCAUGUUGGGCAUGGUGCCCAUCCUGACUGAAAACACCUUCCUCCUUGUGUCUGUCAUCAAGGGAACCAAGACGGCUGAGAAAAGCGAGCCACUGAAUCUCGGGCAAGCCAUCGAGGUUGCGAAUGCCGCGAGCACUCUUGUCAAGUCGGUCAACAGCACCUUGAGCAUCAUCAUCAACGCCAAACCAAAGUUCGACAAGCUCUCCAUGUCACCAGUCACCUUGGCCAAUCUUGGCUUGCAGAAGAACGCAGCAGAUGAGAUGAGCACGGCGAUCAUCUCGAAGGUGCCUGCCGACUAUCAGGGAUUCGCGCGGAGCCUGGUCACUCCUAUCACCAAUUCGUUUCAGCUCGCUAUCGAUACCUUCCACCCUUGA